AAAAAGAAGAAGUAAUUUGAAGUACUCAAGAGGUUAGAAUUAUCUCACAUCAUUUCAGUUUUACGUAAUACACGAUAUUUAAAGUUUAAAUUAACAAAAAUGUUCAAAACUACCGCCCUACGUGCACAAUGUAUCUUCAGAACUGCGCUCGCGGCGUCAAAACCAAACAUAGCAACCUCAACUAGGUUAAUGUCCAGUCACAGUACAGAAACCGAUGAACAAUUCGACAGCCGAUACGAGAAUUUCUUCAACAGAAAAGAUAUCGACGGUUGGGAGAUCAGAAGAGGUAUCAACGAUCUAUGGGGACACGAUUUAGUACCCGAACCCAAGAUACUCGAAGCUGCUUUAAAAGCUUGCCGUAGAGUGAACGAUUUAGCUCUCGCCGUACGCAUUUUGGAAGCCGUAAAAGAUAAAUGCGGUAACAAAGUAAACGAAAUCUAUCCUUAUAUAAUACAAGAAUUGAAACCUACUUUAACUGAGUUAGGUAUCAGUACGCCAGAGGAGCUCGGCAUAGACAAACCGGAAUUACAUCUACAGAGCGUAUUUCACAUGUAACUUAUUUGAAUUAUAAUAAAACUGUUUCUCUAUGUGUGUAGUUGAGAAAAAUAAUAAAGUAAGUUAAAAACUA